ACUAGUGACAGCAUGCAUAAACUCUAUUCAUCCCACAGAGAUGCCGACGCUACGGAAGCGAUGCUAAUUGAAAGCCAUCGACAUUACUUCUACAUACAAAGUUCCAGUCCACAUAUCUUACCAUGUACGACUCCAUGCUUAUCAUCCCACACUGAUCCCGAUCCUUUAGUAUGGAUGAACAACCAAAUUUUCGUCCGCACCGUGUCACUUUACACAGCGAUCCUGCAGUAAUCUACACCGUGGAAGAAUUCAGGCAGGGCGUUGAUGCCCCGUUCUUAGGCCCUCCUCCUCCUCCUCCUACUGCUUCUCCUCGCCACACCUGCCACUGUGGCAAGGCGUACAUCCGCCCAGAGCAUCUACGGCGGCAUCAAACUACCCACAGCAAUGGCACCAAACCCUACAGUUGCCACGUCUGCGGGCGAGCCUUUUGGCGCAACGACAUCUUCCAGCGUCAUGCCAAAAGUCAUGUGAUUGCUCGUCCGACUAAACAACGCGCCUGCAGCACUUGUCAUGCAAACAAGACCAAGUGCGACGGCAUUGGGGACUCACCUUGUUCAUUUUGUGUCAGGAAAUCGUUGAACUGUGUUUAUUCUCCUACCCGGUUGAAUAACCAGAGUACUCUCUGGUCUGGCUCACGGUCGAUCCCACAAAAGCAUGGCGUACCUGCUACGACAGACCAGUCUGUCCAAAAUGCACUGCCUGCCGCAAAGGACAGGGCGAAUAGAACACUCGACCUGGAAAGAGAAAAUUCAUCCGAUCAGCAUGCUUCACCGGCCACGCUUUCCGUUGCAAGCGAGCCCAUUUUAGAGGACGAGAUAUCUCAAGGUCCUGUCCACCUGAAUACAAUCCUCGAAGAAUUAUCCACAUCGCCGCCAAAGUCAACCCCUCUACAGGAUGCGAACUCGCCCCGUACGCUGGAUAAAUGGAUUUUGGCGUGCUUUAGGUCAUAUAUCGCUCAUUUCCAUCACCGAUGGCAUAUCAUCACCGCGUCCACGUACGAAUUCACCGAGAAGCCCCCUGACAAUGCGGCAUCCGUGGUCAUGGUUGGGUCUUAUUUCCUACACCGUAAAGACCUGACCGGUACGAUUGUCAACAUCCAUGAUCGGCUGGUCGAUCGUUACCUCCACCUGUUGACUUCCGCUUUAGAAGAGGGAAAGCUCUCAAAUACCGUGAGACGACUCGAGACCUAUCAAGCUAUUCUAUUGAACAUCAUCUUUGGAUUAUAUCUAGGUCGACAGAGAACAAUCGCGAGGGCUAACUUAUUAUGUGGACGAUUGAUCGCGACACUACAACACACUGGCUUCUUUCUCCAGUCGUAUGCGCAGCAUAUCCAGCAGAGCGAAUUUCCCGGGCAUUAUGUCCCUUGGAUAGAUAUGGUUUUGGACGAGUGGAAAAGAAUCAUAUGUGCUCUUUUCAAGGUGGAAACACAAAUCGCCCUCAUCUACCAUCAACGCCCCCGACUACUCGAUGACGAACUCGAUGCCUUCCUACCAUCGAGCUUUGCUCUACGAAAUUGUUUUCGCAUGGAUGUCUUCUUGCAUCGCCGGAAAAUCGAGGACCCGAGUCGCAGUCAGGUCAAGAUGCUGAGGAUGAUCCGGCACCCCGAAAAGUUCCUCCCCAAUGCAGUGCUGGUUGAAGACAUACAUCUCGGCCUUUGCGGUCUACUUUUCGAUACCCUCAGGCAAGCGCAGCUUCGAGCUGUCAUUGGCACGUGGGAUGACCCCUCAGCUAUAGCCAUGCGCGACGGCGUUGUGCAACGACUUGCUGUUUGGGCUAAGCAUCUAAAAGCUCUGGCCGAAAAGUCUCGCUCUGACGGAUCUUCUCUAGCAGACAUGCAGUUUAUAUCUACAUAUCUCGAUCGGGAGGAUGAGAUUAGGAGCCGCCCUUUGGAUAUGCGGCUUGUCAAAGCUCGUGUUAAGAGUAUGAUCAAUGAGGUGACUAUGUUAUAUCACCUGCUACAACUCCUGUUGUCCGUCGGUAGGCGGAUCAUAGAGCAUUUGAAAUUUAUGGCAGCGAUCAAUCUAGAUAGUAUAAAGGAGGAUGAGCGAGUUAGGUAUGAUGAAGCAAAGUCUGUGCUUGAGAGUUGGGCUGGAUCUACUGAGGGCAGGACAGCCCUGCUUCAUGCGCUUGCUAUGCUGAGCAUUGCCCAAGUGUAUCUAAAGGAGCACAGCGCUGUAUUGGAGUAUCCGUUUCCUGGUUCCAUUUCCCACAUAACCAUAGCACUUAGUGCCCUCGUUUUAGACGGAUGGCUGGCGCACAAAUAUUCAACAUGCUGCUGCGGAACGACUGCUGCACAUCUAGACCUUCCAAUCAAGUCAUGGGGGCUAGAUGAUGCGGUACUCGAAGCUUGGAUUCAAUAUGAUGGGCCGGCUUUGUUCCAGGGCAAGACUCUUUGCACAUGUUCGUCCGAUGUUUGGAUCGAGCGGUUCGCAAAUUGCUUACCGGAGGAGGAAACGUGGGAGCUGGCUGGCCUAAUUGCGCCCCCUCUGCGGUCGUUUAUGAGACGCAUGUAAGCAACGGUACAAAGAUAUCCAAUAAAAAUUCUUCAUAAUAG